AUGUCGCACCAAGCGCACGACGACGCCAGCCUCGGCCGCCGGAAGAGAGUUUCCGGUUGGGCGAAGGCAAUCUUGGAGGAAUUCGUCUCCACCAAGAGCCUCCCAGGAGGACUGUAUCCUACCCCGCACGAGAAAGACGUCCUCGCCGUCUGGACGCGUCUCACCGUCUCGCAAGUGGACAACUGGUUCAAGACCAAGCGCCGCGAGAGGGCCCGCGUUUCCGAAAGCCACGCAGGCGUGGGCGCGUGCGAGCGCCGCCCGUACACGAGGACGGAACAAUGGCAAGAGGAGUGGCUCGAGAUCUGCUACUUCAUGGACCCGAGUCCCGAAGGGCCGGAGCGAGAGACGAUCGCGCGCGAGACGGCGACGACGGGGCCGUAUGUGAAGGCGUGGUUCGAGCGCCGAAGGGACAAGACUAACAAGGGCGAUGGGCGAUUGCUCAUUGGCAUCUGCCAAGACUGA